ACGUGAUUGCCGGUUGUUUACGUAAGGCGGCUGCUUCCUCCCUCACUAUCGUUUUUCAUUUUGUGCGACGAUUUUCUUGAAUUUGAUCGCUGAAGGUUCUGUUUUGGUGCACAUCAUCACAGCAAAUAUCAGAAUAACCUGCUGACCACUGGCCUGAGCGAUGGACCUGCCCAAUGCAGCAUUUCACCCAGGGUUUGGCGGGGGCCAGCAGCAGGCUGCAGACUCGGCGGCCGCGGAAGGAGAGGUGGCAUGGUACCUCUCUGGGGAGGUGUUCCGCUCUCUGGACCAGAUCGUGGCGUCUGUGGACGACUGUUUGGAGUCGCUGCCGAGACCGGUCCGGUCCGACUGUCCGGCGCCGCAGGAGCGGUUCGUGAUGCAGCAGUCAGCCGGCCAGGGCGUCGGCGCCGACACCGCCCGCUGCGUGCUCGUCAUGGAGGGGCCCGCCCUGGUGCAGGCUGAGCUGCAGGUCAAGAUCCACAAACACCCCAACACCAUCCACAAGACGUCGAUCCUGCCGGACGCGCCGUGGCUGCUGGUGCAGCUGCAGGACGCCGCCAACAUGCUGGCCGAGGCGCGCCGCUGCGCCGACUCGGCCGGCCGACAGCGGACUCAGGUGGAGGCCCGCCGGCGGGAGGGCACUCUGGAUGCCGGGUUCCUGCGCUGUCUGACGGCGCGGCUCUCCCACCGUAUCGAGGAGCUGAUGCUGAGACUCCGGCGCGGCCGUGAUGCGCUCAUCACACCGCGAAAACGCACCAUCCAGGACCACCUGAGCAGCGAGAACAUGAAGUCUCUGCGGCCGCCGCUGCCAGGUGAUAUCGCCAUCAGCUUUUACGUGCAGGGUCACCGGCUGGUGCUGGCCGUGUACCACCUGGUGCCGCAGCGGGGCAGCCUGCACUUCGACAUGUUCCUGGCCGAGUGUUGUCUCCCGCGACUCGAGGCCGUCCUCUCCGGCCUCACACGCACGUUCCAGAUGUGCCAGGAGGUGAGGCAGAAGCUAGCGUGGGCGGCACGCAGUCAGCGGAGCGGCCGGCCCGCCCCGCCGCCCACACCCCUCACCAACGGAGUCUGACCACGCCCCUAGGAUAGGGGCCGGCGGGAUGCAGUGCCGAGAGCGGAACAUGGCAGGGAAGUGGACCAGCUACAGGCCAUAUUUGCAGUAAGUAGAGCCAGACUUACAUAAGUAGCGCUAGAACAACUGUACCAUCAGAUCUCUCAAAAGAGGCUAUUUUUGUGGAUGCUCUCGCACCUCUGGCUUCUAUUGUCGUUGCCGGCUGUUGAUAGUCCUGUCGGUCGGAGAAAGUAAAUACGAUACACCUCUAGCGCCAUCUACGCAUAUCUGCUUCUCAACCUUCAAGCCUAUGCAUGUAGGUGGCGCUGGUGUAGCGCCGGUGCUCUGUAAAACGCACACAGCUCCACCAGCCUUCCAUUCCGCUGAUGCUGAGCACUGACGACACGACUAGCGGUGAUCGUUUAGCAAUCGGCUGUCGGUUUUCUUUUUGUCAGGUCCGCCAUUGAGACGCUAUCGGUGCACUUUUUUCACUGAAUGUUCACUAAUGCUAGAUCGAAUUUCAUGUUGAACUGCAAGUCUGGAGAAAAUCGAGCCCUGUACCAGCUACGUGAACACUUCUGUGCGAGCCCAGCGCUGUAUUUUGUAGAGGAAUUACUCUUUAUUUGAUUCCUUUUUGCCGAACCCAUCUCAUUAUCUACUAAAAAUUGAUCUUUGCUGGGCCCGACAUUUAUAGUCCGACUCCGGUGUGUCGAAACCGAGUGUAUAGAUGUCGGUCCUGGUCUUGAAUUUUUACUCAUUACCUUACGCCCGACCUUUGAGCCUAAUUGUCGUGAAAGUACCCAGCAACUUAUUUGUUUGUAAAGUUCCUGCUAUUUUUUGUUUUGUAUCAUGUGUUGGCUAUGGCCACUAGAUUUUGUGCCAAUCAAACUGAGGAUUACUACCAAGCGUGUGUUGCUAAACAUAUAUUUGCUAAUGAGAUAAGUGUAAUAUGUGAUUGACUGAUAAGUCCGUCCAGCAUUGCCUUAAGCGUUUUCAUCUUGUAUAUGUAAUUGUGCGCUCGUACACAGUUCAUUAUUAUAUGUACUCCGAUGGUUAGUCAAUAAUUGUGGCAGGGAUAGAAAUCGGUAACACAAGAGGCUUUUUCAUGCUGUGAAGAACAACUAAAUAUACACAUAUAUUUAUGUAUGCAUUUUGGGGCCAUUAUAUUGCGGUUUUUGCUCACCGCUGCUAUUCCAGAUAUGCAUAUGUGCCGCACGGUCUGCCGUUUCGGCGUAUGCCGAUGUUCUGACCAGUGAUUUAUUCAGUGACUUACUAAAUACAGGGAGAUUGGAACA